ACUGCAGUGCGCAUGCAUCGUAGCAAACAGCUGAUUUGUGUUUUGGGCUCCGCAUUCGUUCGCACCAGCAUCGAAAAGAAACGCUUGCACAAUUCGCUCGCUUUAUUUCUUCACAUUGGCUCUAAAUUUGAACCGUUUAUUAAAAUCCGUAAACAUUUUCCGAGCCAUGAGUGAAGCCGUAACCGUAACGACUCCGUGCAGCGGAGCAGCGAAGGACGUCGAAGCAGCUGACGGCAAGAAUCAGAAGGAUAUAUGGAUUUUCGGGUACGGAUCACUGGUGUGGAAGGCCGAUUUCCCGUUCGAAGAAAAGCGGACCGGUUACAUUAAAGGAUUCCUGCGGCGCUUCUUUCAAAACAGCAUUGAUCACCGUGGCACAGAAGAGCGACCCGGUCGUGUGGUAACUUUGAUCCACUCGGAAGAUCCAGAGUCGAAGGUCUGGGGGAUGGGCUAUCGCAUUGGCGCGAAGGACAAGCUACAAGUUCUGCAGCAUCUCGACCAUCGGGAGAAGAACGGGUACGAGCGGCAUAGUGUGAGCUUUUAUCCUUACCCCUGGAGCACGGAGCAGGUGAACGAUCCGCAAUCGAUUCUGCUGUACGUUGCGACCCAGGACAAUCCAUCGUUCGCCGGGCAGAGCGAUACGUUAGAGCAGAUUGCAGAACAAAUUCUAGCAUCGGUUGGUCAGAGUGGCAGAAAUCCGGAGUACGUGUAUCGGCUAGCUGAGGCAAUGCGGCAGCUCUAUCCGGGCGAACGGGAUGAUCAUCUGUUUGAGCUGGAAAAAUUGCUGCUGAAGCGCGAUCCGCUAGCAAACGGGCAACGGAAGCCGGAUCCGGCCACCGAGGGUGACGGUACUCGGUCGGAACUCAGUAAGGAGGGCUAGGAAAUAGGCGGCCAAAAUGUGGCAAAACAAUUAGCAAAAAUGAUCUCUUCUUUACUAGCGGGAUGGCACCGAUAAACACUGAGAAUGAGAAAUUUUUAAAUGAAGCUAAGCGCGGUUUAUGAAACCGAUACUCUUAUAUUUUAAUACAGUAUUGGAAUUCCAAAAAUGA